CGCAUGAAGAACUGACGUCAAUUUGUUAAUUUACGUUGUUCUGAGAUUUCAGUCCGUCAUUUUAUUCAUUGCUAAAAAGCAAUUUAAUAUAUCUAUAUAUCUUGUCCCUUUUUUAACUUUCGCCCCAUGCCGCGACUCUAGUGCUGGAGUAUUCUUUCAUCCUUGGAUGGGUGGUCUACCUAUUUCACCUGUUUUACGCAUAAAUUUCCGUCUCUGACUUUGUGUUAAAUAGUCAUCCUACUGGAUAAAGUAUUUAUUGAUUUUUCUACAUGUGAAUGGUAGAACGUAACGGGAUAACGCACACUUUAAUUUUCUGCGUGAGACAAGGAAAUAUUACACGUCUGGGCGCAGGUUAUGGAUGGGUUGUUGAAGCAAAAACCCUAAGAACGAGGAUGUGGACAGAUGCGUUCACUGCCGCAAGAACAGCCCGCGCAGAAGGCCAAGAAAUCAAGCGUGCAAAUAAUAAGGCCACAUAUCGACAGAGCCUGCUCGCAGCUAACAUAAGACCUCAACUAACGUAAGAACUAUCGGGUCUUCGUAAUCUUCUCAGCUGAAGCAAAAAUGAACAAGAACAAGUUUCCCGUCAUUGACAAAGUAACCACAAGUAACCAUCAUGAUAACAACCGGUGGGUAGGACUGAAUGUAUCUAAUAAUUGAUAACUGGGAAUACCAUGUAGGGAACUUAAACGAAUAACAUCUGUAUCGGUCGUAUCAUUUUGUCAAAGCUCUAAACAUAUGAAUCUCGACAGAAUUUCACUUGUAUCUUUUUUAUUCAAUUUGAUUCAGUUUUGCAGCUUAGAGGGUAACGCGCGUAAGAACAAACGGCCGUUUGCCACACCGUGUUUCGAGGAAGGCGAGAAUCUCUCCACAUGUUCGAGUCUAGAUGACUCGUGUGAGAAUGCCAAUGGCUUCAAGCUUAUUCGCUUGCAAGGCUUAAAGACAGGACACGUGAGAUGGGUGGAACUAGAAGAAGGGAGAAGUUACAAAUUAAUCACCAGAGCAAUGAAACCUUUACUGUUCGAGAUUCCUGACUUUUUAACCGAUGAAGAGUGCAAACACGUGAUUUCACUUGCAAAGGAAACAGGCCUUAGCACGAGUAAAGUUGGACGCCAGUUGCAUGAGAAGGACCUGGACGAGGUCAUGAAAGAAGCUGACAGUAACUCAACUCUUGACCAGAAGGACUAUUUUGCUCGAGACUUCGCCUUAUGGGAUACAAGCAAAGAUGGCGUCAUUGACAUUCAAGAGAUCGAGAAAUUUGCUCAGAAAUAUUACACUUUGCACUUAAAGCAUGAAGAAAUAAUCGAAAUGUUAAGACGCUCAGGAAUAGCGGGUAAACAAAAGGAAGGGAGCAUAACGGCUUCACUUUUCAGUGAUUGGAACAUAAAGAAAUUUCUUUCAUACAUGGUGUUUUUGAAGACUUCGAGUCCCCGCCAUAAAUUUCGCUUUAGCGACACUGCGUGGCUACGACAAGACAAGAGCGCUGACCAUAUUCUAAGACGCCUUCAUGAAAGAAUAGUCAAGUUAACAAAGCUCCCUAGGAAAAUUCUUCAGGGCAGCGAAUCAAUGCAGGUUGUUCGUUACCAAACAUUUGGUCAUUACCAUGCUCACUACGACUCCGGUCUUGAACCCGAUGUUCCUUGCUGUCAUCAAAACCCCUCAUUAAAACCACCACAAUGUCGUCUUUGCAGGUUCAUCACAAUUCUUUAUUAUCUCAAUGACGUCGAAGAAGGCGGGGAAACGGCAUUUCCAGUGGCAGACAAUUCUACUAUCUCUUUGAAGGAAUUAGAAAAUCCAUUAGCAGACGAGCUAAAUCUGAGCAUCAGCUGUCACACAGUCAACCUGGUUGUCCCUCCAAAGAAAGGCACGGCCAUCAUGUGGUACAACAAUUUUAUUGACCCGGAGAGCGGUCUUCUUGGAGAUUUAGACCGAUAUUCCAUUCACGGCGGAUGUGACGUCAUUAAAGGAGAAAAGUGGAUCGCCAACAACUGGCUCACAGCACCAACGAAGGAUUCAAGACAUAUCAAAAGUUCUUAUGAUGUCGGAUUUGAUUAAUAAUUAGCUAGUGUUAUUAAUUCUUUCUUUCUUUUUUGUUUGUCUUUUUGCGUAAUAAUUGAACACAUGAGUAACACAACGUAUAGUUUCAGAGUUCUGCGGUUAUAGAUUAACGCUCUCACUACGUGAGGGGCAUGUCUAAGAACCAAUUCGGUAUGGCUAAGCCAGGCCUAUAAACAUUUAUCUGCUACGACAACCCCGGUUUGAAACCCGACUUUGGAAUUUUGUAUUUUUCCUUCUGUAAGUCUUCUCCAGCCUUUUUAAGCUGACGAAAUGAAAAAUUAAAUGAUUCCAAGCAAACAAACGAAACAAAACAAAAUAAACAUAUGGGCAAGUAUAGAAAUAAGCUUGUACUUUUAGAAACCGUCAAGAUUUUUAAUUUUCCUAAAAGAAACAAACUCUUGGCAAAAUCAGCAAUCA